CACUCCUCCCAAACAACCAUGUCCAAUUCUGACCCGCGCUCCCCCGUCCUCCACCCUAUUUCCAGCAGUCCCAGCGUCGGCCACCGCCAGAGCUUCGCUGAGAACUUUCGCGGCAUGCCGGCCUCACCGCGCUCCUCGCGCCACCCCUCGUUGUCGCAACAGGCGCUGCAGGAGCUCCUGAGCAACCCGCCCGUCAAAACCCCAGCCAACAACCCCUUUGCCGGCCGCGACUGGCGCACCAUCAAAGUCGGCGAGGUCAUUGAGACCGAUCUUGUCCGCUUCGUCGAGAUAGACACGAGCGUCGAGGAGGCUACCAACGUCCUGGUUUCCUCGGGCUCGCCCAAUGUCGUCCUCAUCCGCGAGAACAAGGAGUCCCACGCCGCGAUCGGCACCUUUGACUACAGCGACCUUAACGCAUACCUGCUCCUCGUCGUCGGCCUUGCGCGCCCCGACGAGUCCGAGGCUGAUUCGUUCGAGGAGCUGGCAAAGAAGGGCAGAGAGGGCAAGCCGGUGCCGCUCAAAGAUGUCAAAGAUCUAGGCAAAAAAGAACCGCUGAUUACGCUGCCGCACACGGCCAGCCUGAUGAAGGCCGUCGAGACCUUUGGCAGCGGAAUCCACCGUAUUGUGGUCGUCAGGGAGCACAGCUCGGACGUUGUGGGAGUAUUGAGCCAGUUGCGACUCAUCGGCUUCUUCUGGCAGAACGGACGGAGCUUCCCCAAUGUCGACAGCCUGUACCCGCAGACGCUGAGGGACCUCAAUCUUGGAUCCCAGGCUGUCAUUGCGAUCAACGGCGACAAGCCGGUUACCGAUGCUUUGGAACUCAUGCACAACGAAGGAAUCACUUCUCUCCCAGUCCUCGACAACCAGAACAACGUCGUGGGCAACAUUUCCCAUGUCGACGUCAAGUUGUUGACAAAAUCGACAUCGGUCCCUCUCCUCCGCGCAUCCUGCAUCCACUUCAUCUCCGUCAUUCUCUCUGAACGCGGUAUGAACGACGGCAAAGACUCGUUCCCAGUCUUCCACGUUACCCCGCAGUCCACCCUGGCACACACGGUGGCCAAGCUGGUGGCCACGAAAUCGCAUAGGAUGUGGAUAACGAUGCCGCCGUCGCCGGCCUCGUCCGGCCCCCCGACCCCGGCCAUCGCUCCCUCGCAACCGCCCUUCUCGCCCACGUCGUCCGCGAUCCUCUCCCCGCCCGCGACCAGCCCAAUCAGCACGUCGUCGACGAGCGCGGCGAUCCCGAUCCCGUCGCCCACAGACCCCGGCGCAGCGUUCGGGGCCGCGUCCGCCACGCCGCCCUACCUGCACGGGCCAUCUGUGGCGUCGCCGACGCCGUCGAUAUCGGCGGCCGCGCUGCCGGGCGCCAGCCUGUCGGGCCACCUGACGGGCGUGGUCAGCUUGACGGACAUUCUGAACCUGUUUGCGCGCGCGACGGGCCUCUCGCCGCAGGACCCGAACGAGACGAGGCGCGCGCGCAGGCGCAGCUCGAGCGUCUCGGUGCGGAGCAGCAUCGAUGGGCCGCUGUCGGAUGUGGCGGGUAAGCGGUAG